UAGUAGUAGUAGUAAUAGUAGUAAAAGAAAUUCAUAUACCUUUCAGCUAUCACCUUCCAGCUCUAAUUCUAGCUUUCAAUCACAAAAGAGAUAUUCAUCAUCAUUUGGCAAAAAGAUUAAAAGGGCAUUUAACGUGACAAGAAGCAUGUCCGAAAAGAAACCAAAUCAAGACAUUAUUCUACUUGAUUCUCCUGCUUCAAGUGUUUCUUCAAGAAAGAUAAAUCGAUUGACUAAAUACUUUUCUUUACUUCCUUCACCAGCUUCAUCUACAAUAUACAGCAAGGUUUCUUUUAGUUCUACUGUUAGAGUGCAUGAAACAUUCUCCAGUACUGAAUACGAUAGACGCUCUGAUAACACAUAUACUUGCCAAAAUCUUACCCCAGAGUUAGCAUUAGACAUAAAGAAAGAACUAAAUGAUUACAAGUUAAAUCAUAUGCAUGUUCACCCUCAAAGUCGGCAGCUUACACACUUUUUCAUAUAAACAAUAAAGAAAUUACUCGCACAUCGAUUAGCAAUUACACUUUGUUGGUUAUCAAUCUUUGCUUUAUUAUUAAGAAGACAAUAUUUAAUACAUAAAAUGAGCUUGAUAU